AUCGUAUUGCUGUUAAAAAAUAUAUGGCUCUUGAAGAGGAUGAUGUUGAAAAGAAAAGACAUGUUGCUGUUGCUUUUGAAGCUAGUAUCGCUGUUGUUGAAAAAGUUCAGAAAGUUGCUGUUGAGGUUGAAGAAGAAAAUUUUAUAAUUUUUCAGCUUCAUAAGAAAAAGCAGAAGAGUUAG